AUCCUCCGUCUUCCCCACCCUUCCCUCCGUGAAGAGAGAUCCCCAUCCACCUUCGGGGAAGGUAAGCCUCGAGCCCUCGACUCGAGACCUACCUCUCCCCGAGCUCGAAUCCUUCUCGAAGCUUCCAGAUUCUUCCACCCCCCCCCAACCCUAGCCAUGGCUUCCUCCUCCUCGCCUCUGCCCCUUCUCUGCCUCCUCCUCCUCAUGCUGCUCCCCUCCCCCUCCUCCUCCGCCUCGUUCUCCUUCGCCACCGCUUCCUCCAACGCCUCCCUCUCCACCUUCAGCGACAGCGACCCGGAGCCGGAGCUCGCGCGGGAGCCUACUUUCCUCGAGGAGGUCAUCGAUGCCGUGUCGGAGAAGUACGACUGGGACCCCGACGCGGAGGUCCGGGUCUGGCCGCUCGACGCCGACGCCGCCCGGGUCGGCGCCGUGCAGCGCUACGAGUUCCGCGCACGGGCGGGAUCGGCGUCGGCGCUGGUGCGGCUCGCCGACGAAUCCGUGGAGUGGAGGCACCCCGCCGCGCCGGCCGUGGAGGAGGUGGAUGGGCCCGACGGGCUCGACGUCGUCCCCGGCGAUGGCGCGUUGGGGUUUCGCCCGGGCGUGAGGGACGUUGACCUCGUCGGGCCGGUGGAGGUGAGGGUUGCAAGCGGCGGGGAUGGUGGCUCCAUCGAACUGCAGUUGCCGUCGCGGAAUGCUACCUAUGCAGGACUGAAGAGGGUAAUUGUUGCUGCUGGCGUUGCAUUGAAGGUUAUUGGUGCGCAGAAAGUUAUCUUUACCCAUCCUCACAGUAUAGGUCUUUUAACAAAUGGAAGCCUAUUGGCUAGUAAUAAUGAUCCAAGUCGAAUAUGGCCUCUCAGCUAUGCAACUUGUGCUCCGAUACUUCAAGUCAGUGUUGUAGGAUCAGUCAUGAUAGUUGUUAAUGAAAGCAAUGUGCUUGGGAGGCGGAGAUCACAUGACACUGUGGAGUUAUUAUCAGAAAAAUGUGAAGUGGAUGUAGCAAACCGGUUGAUCUCAGUUUGUGUGUUCUGUUCAAUUAGUUCAAGACUGCCAAGGCUAGAUAAAAUCUUGAAGACUUGGUUUAGCAAUAAAACUCAGGAUAGCAAAUCAAUGCAGUUUAUCCAAGCUAAAGUGACAUCAAUACCUUUGAUAAAAUUCCGUUUGGAGCUUGAGAGGGACAUCACUGAAGAGGAUGGCAUCUGGGAAAAUAUUUCCAAGUGGAAAACAGUACCUAUGGUCCAGCGCGUCGCACUUGAUGUUGUAGCUAAGGUUGAAGAAGAAGGCAGGCUGAAGGCUAUGUCAGUGAAGAAGGUUAAAAAACCUUAUCCAGUAGUGGACGCUUCUUCUUGGAGCAGCUUGACUUCAAAUAUUUCUUUCACAAAGUUCAUGUCUUUCGUUUUGCCACCAGAACCGUUGACACUGGAUGUGAAGUGGUGAUAUUUUCUGGUUCUCAUUUACUCAUAGGGUUUAUAGGAAAUUGCACAUAUUAAUCAAAUCCGUGUAUAAUUGACUAGGCUGAAAGAAGUUGUACCUGAAAAUGGGGUUGGAAUGUACUACUAUAUUAAAAUUUUGGAUUUUCCCUGACUAACUGUGUUGUUUCAACCUCAUUCUUUAUAGAUGUUAGUUCUCUUGUGCAACGAAUUUUGGAUGCUAGUUCUCUUGUGCAAUGUCAGUGCUUACAUGCUGGGAUUAUUUCUAAUGUGGCAAGGAAGAUUGAGAUUAGAGUUGCUCCAA